GCAGCCGUCGCCUCCUGCUCCUCCUCGUAUCGGAGCGGUGGCGGGCAGGCUCUGGCCGCGGCCCCGCAGCUCCUCGCCGAGGCGGCGCGGCCUCUGCUCCCUCCCUCCUUGCCUCGGUCGCUGCCCGGCCCCGGCGCGAUGUCGGGCGGUGCGGCGAGCGCCCCUAAACCCCUCCCGUCCUCCGGGCCCAAGUCGCUGCGGGAGAUGCCGCAUCCCCUGGCCACGUCCAGCAGCGAGGAGAUGGGGCCGGCACUUACCCCCAGCCCCGACCUGCUCCUGCCCCGAAGCAUCGCCGACAAGGAUCUCAGUCUGCCCAAUGGCACACCUGUGGACACUUCUAGCCCAGCCUCCUCUUCAUCUCUCCUCAACAGACUGCAGCUGGAUGAUGACUUGGAUGUGGAAACUAGAGACCUCUUUGUCACUGUUGAUGAUCCCAAAAAACAUGUGUGCACAAUGGAGACAUAUAUCACAUACAGGGUUACAACAAAGACCACACGAGCAGAGUUUGAUUUGCCAGAAUACUCAGUCCGUCGGCGGUACCAAGACUUYGACUGGUUGAGAAACAAGCUGGAAGAGUCUCAGCCGACGCAUCUCAUUCCCCCUCUUCCUGAAAAAUUUGUGGUGAAGGGUGUUGUUGAUCGCUUUUCAGAAGAAUUUGUGGAGACGAGGAGGAAAGCAUUAGACAAAUUCUUGAAGAGAAUAACUGAUCACCCAGUGCUUUCUUUUAAUGAGCACUUCAAUGUGUUUCUCACAGCUAAGGAUCUUAACGCCUAUAAAAAACAAGGAAUGGCCUUGCUGUCAAAGAUGGGGGAGUCUGUGAAAUACGUUACAGGAGGCUACAAAUUAAGAACUCGGCCACUGGAGUUUGCAGCCAUUGGGGAUUAUCUAGACACRUUCUCUCUAAAGCUUGGUACCAUUGACAGAAUAGCACAACGGAUCAUCAAGGAACAGCUGGAAUACUUGGUAGAACUACGAGAAUACGGACCUGUUUAUUCAACUUGGGGAGGGCUGGAGGUUGAGCUGUCAGAGCCACUGGAGGGGGUGUCUGCUUGUAUUGGGAACUGCUGCACAGCACUUGAAGAACUCAGUGAAGAUAUGACAGAAGACUUCCUGCCUGUGCUUAGGGAAUAUAUAUUGUAUGCUGAAUCAAUGAAGAAUGUGUUGAAGAAGAGAGACCAAGUUCAAGCGGAGUAUGAAGCAAAACUGGAAGCAGUAGCCUUGAGAAAAGAAGACCGUCCAAAGGUACCCACAGAUGUUGAGAAAUGUCAAGACCGAGUAGAAUGUUUCAAUGCUGACCUGAAAGCAGAUAUGGAGAGAUGGCAGAACAACAAAAGACAAGACUUUAGGCAGCUACUCAUGGGGAUGGCAGAUAAGAACAUCCAGUACUACGAGAAGUGCCUUACGGCGUGGGAGUCAAUUAUACCACUAUUGCAAGACAAGCCAGAGACCAAAUAAGAAGAAUCUUCAUGGACAGUCUAGCACUUCAAUGCUCAGUACCACUAGUCAUACUGGAACUGUAUGGAAGACUCUUUUUGUUAAGUUAACUGAAAUGACAGCUGCACUUAGUUGUUCAAAGCAUCUGUUCCAGCCUAUUUGAAUUUUUUUUUCCUCAAUUUUUAUGUUUCAACUGGGGUAUAUUUCAUCUUUUUUAGUUACCUUGAAUGGUUCCUUCUUUGUCCUAAGGAGUGAUUGGGGUUCAUAGUGAAAGUGCAUGGGGAUCUUAUAAAAUUUACCUCUCUAGUCUGGAAGGAACUGAUGAGUGGAACACUAAAAAGAUGAAAAUAAAACUCUACUGCAAGGUGCCAAAUGACAUCUUCAUUACCAUUCUGUUUUUUUUUUUUUUUGCUUAAAAAGACCCCUCAAUAAUUAUUUCUAUGAUACAGUACUCCCUAACCAAUCCUUAUCCUUUUUUUUUGGGCAGGGAAAGGCUGGGAAAGAAUAUUUUYUGGUUUGCUACCACCCAGGCGCUCCCUCUGGAUGAAAUGGUCUCUGGAGACUUUUCUGUUUGGGAGUCGAGCUGGUCCUAGUCAGAGCAUACCAACACCAGCUGCAGAUAGCCGGUGAUGCAAGCAUGAACUGUGGUUUUUGUGAGUGUGGCAUGCUGGUGGUUCAUACUGAGUAUCUUUGUUUACCUUGGUGAUUAUGAAGUAAUGUCAGUUGACUGAAGUGUACUUGUGACUGACUUGGGGAUCAAAACUAGCCUAGCUGCGGGAAUGAGUUGGACAGUGGCCUUUCAAGGGUUGUGGGAUUAGUGGGGGAAGUACGAGUCUUUAAUUUUUCCAAAGCUAGCUCUGGAAGUUGCGUGGUGGAAAUCUCUURCACCAUACUUUAAAAUGUGGGUUUUACUAGAGCCCCUUUGGGCUUGGUCACCUAAGAUGCCCUCUGUAGAAAAAGGUAGAACUCUGCUUUCUUUCCCCAUGCUUUCUUUGCCGAAGCCAAAAGCCAAAAGGUGUCAAACGCUUGCUUCCACCAAGCAUCAGAGUGUGUGAAACUUGCCUUAUAUGGGUUGGUGGAGGAUAGACAGGUACACAUGGUGUUCAUACCUGUCCCUGCUGAACCACACGGCAAAUCUUAUGAGACUACUUUUGGUACAAAUCUAUUUUCUUAGUAGUUUUUAUUGGCCUUCAGAAUUGUAGCUGCUUCUGCAAGUCCCUUUUUUGUCCUUUCUCUUGCAGUCCAACCUCAAGUAAAUGCCUYCUUGGUGUUAAUGGCCUUAGGAAUGCUGACGUGAUUUAAUCAUCCUAAGUGAGGGGGUUGGGUCUCAUAUGAGUGUAAUGCUGGGAUUUAGGGCAAUAAAUAACUCAGUGCUUACUGCUAACUUUGAGUGAUUACUUGUUCUCUGGCGACAUUCUUGCAAAGAAUGUGAGCAAUGAUUGAUUUUGUGGAACUUCUGUGUUCUCCUGUGACAACCUACCAGGUACUAGUCUGAUUUGGAAUUUAUUCCUUCAUAAAUACCGUCUGAACCUGCAGCCAUCCUUCUCAGCCUGUUGGCUUUAUUGAGCUCUCAAGAUGAGUUAUUGCAGCACUGUGGUAGCUGUCAGGCUAAUGAGAUGGUGCUCUCUGCAUGAAAAAAUCAAAUAUAAGACAUUUUAAGACAUUUUCCUUUUUGACUCAGCCUUCCUUGACAACUCUGUGGUACUAAACAAACUGUUCUUUUAAGCUCAGUUUGCCAUUAUGCACUUUCUGGUGUAAAUGAGAACUCUUGUGUAAAUUGUAGGUUCAGAAUCACAGACUCCUCUUAUUCAGGGGAAGUACUUAAGGGGAUCAUCCUGAAGCARUCUAGAAUAAGCACUUGCAUACUAUCCAACAGUCUGGCCUUCAGGGUUACAGUCUUCCCCUUUUUCCACAAAGAAGGAUCAACAUAUGUUUUGAAUUAAUUCAUUUGGGGUAAAUGGAAUUUUGUAGUUGACUCAUCGAAAUCACUGGGACUUAAGCAAAAUAUAAUUUGAACUAAUACUUAGUCUUCCUGCCACCUUAUUAAAAUAAACAGCAAAAGAUGAGUAGAAAGGAUGGUGUUUUUCUCCUACGGGUGGUUUCAUCUGAUGCCUUACAACACUAAGGUCCUCUUCCUGCUUUGUUUUAUGUCAAACUGAAGUGGGUUUUGCUUCUGGGGAAUUAAGCAAUUAACAUCACAGCUGUUCAUGAGAAGUGUAAUGGACUGUGGAGAGUACCAAGUGAAGUUCAAAUCAACAUGUAACYGUUGAGGCUGGAGCUAUUGAAGAUCAGCGUAUCUUAUGUGGUCUGGACCAAAACCUGUUAAGCUCAUGCAUGGGAGGUAAAACGUGACAUUCAAAAGAGAAGUCUUUGCAAGAAWCACUGCAGGGUAAGAGGGGCAUGAAAUGGUGGGUCUCAGCUCCUGUGGUCUGUGGAGUGGUCUCUUCUUAUGAAGAGCUGUUGUGAAUCACUGGGUUACUGUGGGAGAUGCUGUGGGUGAGAUGUGGGGAGGAUCCUGACUGUGGUGUUUGAGUCAGCCAUGCCAGUCAGGAGAACUACAAAAGUUGCAAGAAAUUCCUGCAAGAUGUGCAGAGUGACAUUGCAUCGAAUAACUGCUGUUAGUGGGAGGUUGAGAACUGAAUUGUUAGUGACUCUUAGCAUGCUAUUCUGUAAUCCUUUCAAAAUGAAAGUCUUUACUUUGGAUAGCCCAGACUUCCAUGAGAGAAGUUGAAGAUGUUGGUAAAGGGAAGCAGGAAUAGUGCAGGAGCUUGAUCUUUGAGAAACCUGUUGAGUGUUGAGUCAGUUAAGAUCACUCUCUGCAUGUGCCCCAAAAUGGCACUACAAAAAGUAGUUGGCACCCUUUUUGUGAGCUUGUUCAAGAUAYGGUUCCUUCAGCAGUUCUUGAAUAAGCCCAGUUUUCCUCAUAAUCCKUAGCCAGGGCAAGGUCCCUUUCAGAGGAUGCAUAAUUCACUGCCGUCUGAUUACUUUGGAGCUUCCUCCGUGUUUGUUUCUUCUAAGUGGCACCAGCACAAUAAAGCAAGCACUGAGAUCUUGUUUCUGUGCUCAGUAAUGGAGCAUGCUUUGUUCAUGUGUACCUUUAUCAGGUUCUAAAUCUUGCAAUAAACACAGAUGUUAAAACAUCAUGGCUUUUUCAGGUAUACAUUGAAAAAUGAAAAGGUAGUAAGUGUAGCCCUAAAGACAGAAAUGGCUCGGAUGCGAGUUGUAUUCAAAAACAAAGUUUUGGUUCUUCACUGAAAUCUACUUGGAUUUUUGUUGCACUAAAACUUGUGCUAAGGGUGAAGUAGUGGGGUAAGUGACAGAAACAAAGCAUGAGUAGCAGGGACAGUUCUGUGMGGGUACUGUGCAGAUGCCUUGAAGCAGCAGCUCUGCGUAGCCUGUUUAUGRUUGCUUCAGGCCAUGGAGAUGCCAGGGUACAAAAGAAUUCUUUCCCAGAUCAGCAGGGAGUAUUCAGUAUUUUAACAGGAGCCAUGCUUUUGUUAAACUGUGCACAAUUUAACUGGAUAUUAUUAUGAUUAUUGUUGCAGGCUGUUGAAAAUCUUUGUCCUGAUAACCAGUGAGCAACGUUGCAUAGAGUGAAUUAGCUCAUUAGAUGUUCUGUCAUCUUAAAUUCUGAAGGUAGAAUAUUGCUUCCUCGGAUAGAUUAACUUUUACYACCACAACUAAUAUAUAGGGAAAAUGAGGACUUUUCUUUUUUUAAGAUAGGGGAGUUGCUACUACUUGUUGGAUUUUUUUUUCCUCUUGUGAAGUACAACUGGGGAUCAAAGAAAUAAAACUGGCUUCUGGCAGACUGAAUGUGGCAUUUAAAACUUUUUGGGAGUGCUGUUGAACUAAUUUACAAACUAAAAUGGCAGGGCUUAAUUCUGUGCUUAGCACUUGGAAGUCUUGCUGGAGUAUCUGACUUGUACAAAUACUUAGUAACGAACUGGACAUGUUUUAAGGUUGCAUGCCUAAAGCCCAGUAAUUGUGCAGAAAAUAAUGAACAUUCCAAAGAGGUAUAUCACCCUUAUGUAAAUGGCAUGUUAAAACAAUAAAGGCUAGUCACUGUCCUAGACUACUUUGAAGGUCUUGGUAUUUUAUGCUUUGAAGAUAAAACCAUUUCCUUAACUCUGCUGUGGGAAUAUGUAUCCAUACCUUCAGCUGCAGGGUUAGGGCCAGUGCAACAUUGCCACUGGACAAGGAGACAGAUUGCUGAGGGCCAGUCUUACAAUAGGCACCAAAGGGCUUUUGUCUGUAGUACACAAAAAUAAAGAARCACCGUCCUUGUUCUCACUUCUGUGUGCCUGUAUCCCUCUGUCCCUCCCUAAGGUCUGGAGCAUUGGGCCAUACAAGUGAAGGUGAGCUGGCUGUGUGCCUCACACAGUGUGUUGAAGGUAUCAGUGAUGGGAACCAAAAUGGUGCUGGCUUGUUUUCCAGAGUAUUCUGUGUUCACUCUCUGUAAACACAUUCACCAGAACUAGAGUCACUGUUCAUACCAUUAAAAUACAAAAUGAAAGCUGUGAAAAGACUUGUCUCUCUGUGAAUUAGCUAGUAAACAAUGUAAAAAGGGGAAGGAGGGUUUUGUUUCCUGCACUUGGCCAAAUCUGGCAACUAUGCUCUUUUUCAGACUCGCAGGCUAGGAAAUGUUGUCUUGCCUUCUGGUGCUGGCAUGUUUCUAUACCCUUUCAUAUAUCUGUAUAAAUAUACUUCGUGCAUUGUUUACUAUGGAGCUAGUAUUGAUGGACAAAAACGCUUUGAGGUAAAACUGUUUGUAAUUCUCUAUUAGUGU